AUUUAGAUGGUACACUUACAUUACUUCCUGUUAGCAAAAUCAAUCUAUGUUUUAUAUUUCGGAUUUAAAAGUUGAAUUAAUUAAGAGAGGAAAGGAGAUUAUUUAAAUCGUAGGCAAAAUGUCGGACAUUUUUAAAUGUUUUGUUUUCUAUAUCGUUUUAACUGUCUUUGAAGUCACUGGUAUAGAUUUCACCAUAAACAGGGAGAAUGUUUUACUUGGAAGUACAGGUAUAUUAACAUUAAGAUGUGAUAUCACUGAAACAGAUGUUGAAACUAUAUACAACAUCCAAAUAAAACAAUUAAGAUCUUCCACACUGUCUAGAAAUAAUGAUGAUGAUUGGCAAAGGUUAGCAUUUAUGAAAAUAUCCACGAAUGACAACCCUACAUUAGAUUCAGCUAUUACACCAGGUGACAAAGAUUAUGUUGCUGGAGGAUCAUGGGAUUCUACAACACCUGCUAACACAGAACUUACAUUGUCUAUGAACAUGGAAAAGUUAGUUUGUGAUGAUGCCAGGACAUUUAAAUGUGAUUUAUCAUACUAUUCAAAUUCACAAGCUAACAAAGAGGUUUCCAAAAAUAGCACUUUCACAGCAUAUGUAAAACCUCAAGUGACAUCAUUAAUAACAAGGAAGAAUGGUUUUAUAGUAGAAGGAAUGUCAUCAUCUGACAUGGCCACUGCUGAGGUAGGAGAUGAGUUGGAACUUACUUGUACUGGUAAUAUAGGAAGCUUACCAGGAACUAUUAUUCGAUGGCAUAGAACAUCUGCAACUUCACACGCCAAUGACUUUAUUGGCUAUCAACCACCACAAGGAACAUAUGAUGAGGGUACUGCAAUCAGUGACAAUCAGUGUGGAUAUAAACGAGUAGCUUCAAUCAGAUACAACGUAACAGCGGCUGAUGCUAAUAGGGAUAACAAUCUGGCAUUUGAAUGUUACGUUACAGUUAGUGGAGAUCCUUAUCCGGGGAACUCUUAUACCUCUGAAAACAACCCGAGGUUCUACACUGAUGUCAAUAACCCUAGUAAUGGUGUGACCGACAGUGUUAUGAGUACAACAGAUGGAAACGGGAUAAGUAUAACAGCAGGAGUUAUCGCCGGGAUUGUCAUUGGCUCACUAAUUGUUGGUGCGGUUAUAUUGGCUGUUUUAAAAAGAAAACGGGCUGUGACAGGCCGAAAUAAUCAACACCAGCCAACAUCAGUGUCACGAGAAAUAGAUAUAAAUGUUUCGUCACUCUCACUAAAUACCUACGAACAACUUCAAAAUAGAACAGAUACUGAAAGCAGAAUGAUUUAUGAUUCCCUAGACGCUUCAGCAAAUUCAAGCGGAGUACCACACAGCGAAUCACAAUAUGAGAGUCUUAAACAGAGAGGAGGAACAUCUCACACUUACGCAGGUCUAAAUCAAGACCGAUAAAACUUAUUGGCAGAUUUGAAAGAUCUAUCUCGAUUGUUAGGGCUCCUAUCAGCUUUCCAUAUAUGCACCAGUUAUAAAUGUUUUUUCGCACAAACUAGAACUAUCUAUAUGAUAGUGAGGUCUAUUCAUAAUAUUAAUACAAACAAUAUUAAAUGUGGAUUCUGCCGUGACCAAGCGAUGACUUUGAGCAAAUGAAGUUAUUCGGGCAAUCCGAGUUCGGGCGGACGAAGUUUAAUUGUAGUUGUGUUAAUAUGAAAUGGAAAACUAUUUGUGUCGUCAUCUAUUCCGUUAAAUAAGUUAGUUUUAAUUGGUGAUUCUUAUUAUUUUUCAUUUUCCAGUUCAAGGGACACAUACGAGUAUGUACCAGUUGUAAAUGUUUUAUUGAUACAAUCAUUACCUUUCUUUGACGUACAUAUGAUAAAUAUUACAAGGGGAUUUUCCAGGGACCAGGCGAUUAUGUCGAGCGAAGGAAGUUAAACUGUAACUUGGAGAAUCUAUUGUGUCGUCAUCUAUUACCUAAUCCAUUAGAUAGGAUAGCUUGAAAGAGUGAUUCUUCGUAAUUAUUUUUUAAUUUCUCUUGUGCAAUUUCAAAUUGCCAAUAUCAUGCCGACGGAAGCUAACAAAUUUGACAUUAUUUAUUAUCGUUGAAAAUACACAAGAAAUACGGCUUUGGAUAUUAUUUAUUG